AUGGCUGAUCCACUCUCCAUCACAUCGGGGAUUGCGGGGUUUCUUUCGCUUGGCAUCCAAGUCACCCAAUCCUUGGUUGAUUUUUACACGACGUACAAAGGCCAAGAUGCGGAUCUGGCAAAGAUCACAAGCAAGCUUGAUGAUCUUCAAACCCUCUUUCGAGCCCUCGAAGCUGCAGUAGAGGAACGCCGAUCGCAGCCCAACCCGCAAUGUAUACUGCGUGACGUCGAGAACGCCGUACAAAAAUGCGAGGAAAUCAUCACCGAGCUACAGAGCGAGUGCGAGAAGUUCCAUAAAGACCCGACCGCCAGUCUAAAGGAUCGUGUUAAGGUUGCUGGGCGUCGUGCAGCCUAUCCAUUUCGGAAAAGUACUCUACAGAAACUCGAAGAAGACAUCAAUGAGAUACGUGAAAAUCUGUCAUUCGGAAUCGAGAUCCUGCAGCUUAAAGGCCAGACCCAGAUUCAAGAUAGCAUAUCGGAAAUCAAAUCCCUCGUCGAGCGAACAAAUGCUAGUCAAGUCUCUUUUGAGCUUCGUUGCUGGCUUAUGGCGCCAGAUGCAUCUCUCAACCACAACGCCGCGUCUGCGAAGUGCCAUCCAAGCACAGGUCUUUGGUUCGUCAACGGCGAUCAAUUCCGGACUUGGCUAAAGGAACACAAUUCUUUCCUAUGGCUGAAUGGUUUCGCAGGGUGUGGCAAGUCGGUCCUCUGCUCAACUGCAAUCCAGCAUACCUUUCAUGAGAUGAGGCAUGAAGACAAUGUCGGUAUUGCGUUUUUCUACUUUUCCUUCACUGACAACGCAAAACAAGACGCCGACGGCAUGUUACGUACAUUGUUGAUGCAGCUAUCGGUACAGCUACCGGACGGUGAAAAAGAUCUGGAGCAACUGCACAUGUUACAUAAAUCUGGGUCCCCCCCAGUAGAUGUGCUCCUUGACUCACUCCAGCGCCUCCUCAAGCGAUUUCGCGAUGCUUAUAUUCUACUUGACGCACUAGAUGAGAGCCCCCGAGAACACAAAAGAGAGGGUGUCUUAAAUGCUAUACAAGUGAUACGUGACUGGUCAAUACCUGGCCUCCAUCUUCUGGUGACCGGUCGCAACGAGCUAGAUAUCCGCGAAGAGUUAAAUCCUUCCUUUGUCCAAGACAUACCGCUUAGAAACCCAGAAACGGACAGAGAUAUCGCGAAUUUUGUGUCCUAUCAGCUCAAGAAUGACACCAAACUUCAGAGGUGGAAAGAGCGUCACGCGGAGAUCCAGGAAAAACUGGCAGCUGAUGCCCGAGGGGUAUUCAGAUACGUUGAAUGUCAGUUCAAUGCGUUUCGGCGGGUGCGAAAUCGGAAUCAGCUGGACAAUUGCCUACGCACUUUGCCCCGCGAUUUGGAUGAAACCUACGAGCGAAUGCUGUGCAGUAUUUCAGAUGAAUAUGUCGAUGACGUGCGCCGAGUUCUGACUCUGCUUUGCUUCUCCGCCCGGCCGCUCACGAUCGAUGAGCUGAUCCACGCACAUGCAGUUGACCUGAAUGAGCCAGCACAUCUUGAUCGUGACGGUCGUUCGUACGAGCAGGAUGGUCUUAUCGACAUUUGCCUCGGACUUGUUGAGGUUGUGUCCAUGGAAAAUGACGACGAAGAAACUAUCUUGGCUGCUCGCAUAGCGCAUUUCUCGGUUCAGGAGUAUCUCCAAUCAGAUCGGAUCAUUCAACAGAGAUCAAGAAUAUUUGCCAUGCAAAGUGCGCCUGCAAAUACAGAGAUAGCCCAUUUAUGCCUAGUCUACCUCCAGGACCCAACUCUCUCUGAGGUAGCAUUCGAUGGAAAUCGCUUUGGGAAUCGCGUUGGGAAUCGCUUUGGGAAAGAGCUUUUUCGUCCAAUAUACCUUGAGCAUGAAAGGCUGAGAGAGGAGUUCCCAUUUGUUUAUUUUGCAGCUGAAUAUUGGCUUCAUCACCAUGCACAUUCAGAGGAUGGGAAGACAACAAUUGAAAAGGUAGCGUCGAAGGUUUUCAAAGACCGGACGAAUCCUUUCGCUUUGUGCAUACAUUUGGGUAAUGAAGAUCCCCGAUCUUCAAGGCACGGCAGUGAAUAUUGUCCUGAACCUAAAGCGCCUUUAUACUAUGCGGCCAUGUUUGGACUAGAAUCUGUUGUGAACAGUAUCUUACCGGUUGAUACUACACCCUCAGAGUUAUUCGACAUUGUAAACGCCCAGGGUGGAUUUCAUGGCCAUGCACUCCAGGCUGCAGCAAUGGGAGGCCAUAAAGAGGUAGUACAAAUACUGCUGGAUCGAGGUGCCGAUAUCAAUGCCCAGGGUGGAGACUAUGGCAAUGCACUCCAGGCUGCAGCAGUGAGAGGCCAUCAAGAGAUAGUACAAAUGCUGCUGGAUCAAGAUGUCGAUGUCAAUGCCCAGGGUGGAUUCCAUAGCCAUGCACUCCAGGCUGCAGCAGUGAGAGGCCAUAAAGAGAUAGUGCAAAUACUGCUUGAUCGAGGUGCCGAUGUCAAUGCCCAGGAUAGAAGAUAUAGUACUGCACUCCAGACUGCGGCAUCAUAUCACCAUGAAAAGGUGGCACAAGAUAUGAUUCGGAUGCUGCUAGAUCAAGGUGCCGAUGUCAAUGCCCAGGGUGGAAGUUAUGGCAAUGCACUCCAGGCUGCAGCAGAUAAAGGCUAUAAAGAAGUAGUACAAAUACUGCUAGACCGAGGCGCCGAUGUCAAUGCCCAGGGUGGAAGUUAUGGCAAUGCACUCCAGGCUGCAGCAGAUAAAGGCUAUAAAGAAGUAGUACAAAUACUGCUAGACCGAGGCGCCGAUGUCAAUGCCCAGGGUGGAGAGCAUGGUAAUGCACUCCAGGCUGCAGUAGCCAACAGCCAUGAAGAAAUAGUACAACUACUGCUGGAUCGAGGUGCCGAUGUCAACGCCCAGGGUGGAUACUAUGGCAAUGUACUCCAGGCCGCAGUGGCAGAAGGCCACGAAGAGAUGGUACAAAUACUGCUGGACCGAGGUGCCGACGUCAAUGCCCAGGGUGGAGAGUAUGGCAAUGCACUCCAGGCUGCUGCAGCCAAUAGCCAUAAAGGAAUUGUACAAAUAUUGGUGGAUCGAGGUGCCGAUAUCAAUGCGCAGGGUGGAUACUAUGGCAAUGUACUCCAGGCCGCAGUGGCAGAAGGCCACGAAGAGAUGGUACAAAUACUGCUGGACCGAGGUGCCGACGUCAAUGCCCAGGGUGGAGAGUAUGGCAAUGCACUCCAUGUCGCAGAGUGGCGCGGCCAGGGAGAUAUAGUGAAGAUACUGUUGGAUCGAGGUGCAACCUAUGGCAGUCCACCCAAGGCCGCAUCGCCUGAAGGCCACGAACAAGUGGCACCGAUGCAAUUGGAUCAAGAUGUCGACGCCGACGCUCAGGGAGAAGAAUAA